AUGGGAUUAUCUUCAAGAUCAAACACAGAUUCAACACACGAUUUGUUGCAAUUCACUGUUAACUGUAAUUAUUCAGCGGACAACAUCUACACUGUUGACAAUAGCACGACGUCAAACUCCAGCGACCCAAACGACACUCCCGACGACAACUUCGAGAACAUCUGCGGCAACUCAACUCUUCUGGAUAACGAAUUCCUCCUGGGACUUGAUGUCGUACGCUACGGACUGCCGGUCAUCUACAUCCUCUCCAUCCUCCUCUCCAUGUCCGGUAACUUGUUCUGGAUCAUCUUCAUGUGGAAGUCCGCCAGAUGCGGUCGAUCGUCGAACGUCAUACUCAUCCUCAACCUUGCAGUUUGUGAUCUGAUUAAAGCAACCGUGGUGGCACCUCUCAGAGUCAUUGAACUUUAUCUUUCUCGAUACCAGUACCACAGCAGUGAUGGCAUGGAUUGUUGUAGGUCGAUGAACUUCUUCACGUUGUUCCUGGCUCUCGUUGGCUUCCAUUCCGUGGUCGCUAUCAGCCAGGAGAGGUUGGUCCUCAUCUCGUUCCCAUUCUAUGCUAGGAAGUGGUUCAGUAGGAAUGUGGCUCUCGUCACGAUAUCAGUCGUUUGGGCAAGUUCCUUCUUAGUUUCGUUACCGUUUUCGCUGUUGUACUCCAGAACGAUAACGAUUUCACUUCCCUAUGGCGCCGUGUUCCGCAUGUGCUCGAUAAGUUUCUUCCAUUCGGAAGCUGGCACAGGGAUCAAAGUCUACACGCUCGUCAUCACUAUUUUCUAUUAUUUCAUUCCAGUGCUAGUCGUUUCGGUCUCGUACAUUAAAAUUUUCAUCACCCUACACAAAGCCAUAAAUAAUUUGACAUGCACUACUAUCGACACUCCAGAAAGGAUCACAACAAAAUAUUCUGACAUGAAAAUUGAAAACGAGUCAAAUUCAAACAAACAACUAGUAAGCCCGAUAAGCAAAGAAAACUCUUGCGUUCGGGUGGAUCAACAUCCGUGGAAAACAUCAUCAGUAAGCACUCUGAAAAUAAUUCAACGUCGAAAAACUUUGGCUCAAAUGAUGCUUGUUGUGGCAGUUUGUUUCAUAUUCUUUCAAGGACCAAUCUUUUUCCUCUACUUGUACCUCAGUUUCGGAUACAAAAUUGAAAGAAAUGCCGUCUUCACGCUGAUCUUGUUCAAAUGGUUUCCGAUGGUGAGCUCCAUGAUCAAUCCGUUCGUCUACUCCACUGGUUGGAAGAGUAACUAUUGUGAGGUUGACAUCUACUUAACCGAGAAAGAGAACAAAAAACCAGAUCAGUAUUUAUUCUGCUAA